AUGGCCUCCGUUCAACUUUCGUUCUCUCUUCGCGUUUCUUCUGGCGUCAAGUCCGUCCAUUUGCUUGGUUCCUGGGACAACUACGUCGGUCAGCUUCCCCUGGCCAAGGACAAGACUUCCUCUAAGUCUGGUUCAUGGAAGGGAACUUUCCGCUUCCAAGGCAACCUCGAGGCGGGCCAGCGAUACUGGUACUACUACAUCAUCGAUGGCUACCACGUCUCCCACAACCCCUCUGAAUCCUCCACCAUCGAGCCCACCACGGGCCGCGAGCUAAACAUCCUCGACGUUCCCAAGGACAAGUCCUCCAAGUCCAAGUCUCACAGCUCCAGCAAGUCUGCCUCCAAGCACUCUUCCAAGCGUGAGGAUAUUCCCAAGGGCCGCCCCCUGUCGACCUCGCAGAUCAAGGCUCCCAAGCCCGUCAGCCCCAAGGUUGCCCGCCACAUCUUGGACGCCGACUACUGCGACGAGGACACCAUCGAGGAGCUCACCGCUCGCUUCGGUUCCGCCGGUAUUGAAGAGGAGUUCACCACCGAUUUCUCUGCUUCCCCCGUCUCAUCGGUGGGCUCCGACCUGUCUUACCGCUCCGACAGCUCCUCGCCCAACUCGUCCCUCUCGGGCUACAGCACCCCCGCCUCCGACUGCAGCGCCUGCACGUGCGAGCGUUACGGCAUCACGCGCAAGGGUGACCGCGUCAAGAUCGACUGCGGCGGUGCCCGCUGCGGCUACUCAGACGAGGAGAGCUCCUGCUCCAGCGACGAGGAAGAGUACGUCUCGCACAGCUCUCGACGCAACGGCAUGGUUGUCCGCGCAUGA